CCGGUUCUAGGGCGGGCCUGGUGGAGACCAGACCCCAAGGCCCGGAAGCGGCCGGAACUUCGGGUCCCAUCAUGGACCAAGAGGAUCGAGAGCUCCUCCGGCGGUGCCGCUUGCGUCUGGUGGGUGACCUGCAGGUGGCCCCGCUGUGGGACGCUCUGCUGAAUCGUGAGCUGUUCACGCCCGACAUGAUCGAGGACAUCCAGCGCGCAGGCUCUGGAUCUCGGCGGGAUCAGGCCAGGCAGCUGAUCACAGAUCUUGAGACCCGAGGGAGGCAGGCCCUUCCUUUAUUCAUCUCAUGUUUAAAGGACACGGGCCAGGACACACUGGCUUCAUUGCUGUGCGCAAGUCGGCAAGCAAUAAGGAGGGAUCCAGAGGCCAUCCGACCCCUGGACCCAGAGCCUGCGGUGAUGGAACCAAUGGUGCCCAAACCAAGUUCUCAGGAGACGAUGAAGGGAAAUGCAGAUUUGGCGUAUGUCCUGAGCGCGGAACCUUGCGGCCACUGCCUCAUCAUCAACAACGUACGCUUCUGCCCGACGUCGGGGCUUAGCACGCGCACCGGCUCCAACAUUGACUGUGAGAAGAUGCAGCGCCGCUUCUGCCGGCUGCAUUUCCAGGUGGAGGUCAGGUACGACCUGACCGCCAAGGAGAUGGUCCAGGCGUUGGCACAGCUGGCACAGCGGGACCACCAUGCUCUGGACUGUUGCGUGGUGAUCAUCCUGUCUCAUGGCUGUCAGGCCAGCCACCGCCAGUUCCCGGGGGCUGUCUAUGGCACAGACGGAUGUUCUGUGUCUGUGGAGAAAAUUGUGAACAUCUUCAACGGGACCAACUGCCCCAGCCUGGGAGGGAAGCCCAAACUCUUUUUCAUCCAGGCCUGUGGUGGGGAGCAGAAGGACCACGGGUUUGAUGUGGCCUUCGUGUCCCCCGAUACCGAGGCCCCUGGCAGCAGUGAUGAGGCAGAUGCUGUCCCGUUCCAGGGAGGCCCGGAGCCCACGGACCAGCCUGACGCAGUGUCGAGUUUACCCACACCCAGUGACAUCCUCGUGUCCUACUCUACCUUCCCAGGUUUCGUCUCCUGGAGGCAUACCACGCGCGGCUCCUGGUACAUCGAGACCCUGGAUGGCAUCUUGGAGCAGUGGGCUCCCUCUGAAGACCUGCAGGACCUGCUGCUCAGGGUCGCUAAUGCUGUGUCCGAGAGAGGGAUUUACAAACAGAUUCCUGGGUGCUUUAAUUUCCUCCGGAAAAAACUUUUCUUUAAAACCAAAUGAAACCAAGGCUGGCCACCCUGCCUCAUCAUUCACCCCACAGUUUUCCUGCUGCUGCAGGUGGCUGAGAUCACCACGUCCUAUAAGUCAAGGGCUUAAGAGCCGUGCAGAGCCAGGCAGUUCCUGUCCCUCACCGUGCAGCAGACUGCAGCCAUGCCGAGUGGAGAGCAGCAUCCAGGAGCGGAGGGAGAGGAGCAGAAAGCCGUGGACACCACGCAGUCUCCGCACGGUUGCCCCGUGGGCCAGGUGAUCCUUGGUCCUGGCGUUACCCUGGCAUCGGGGGACACUCUGUGCUAUCCCUGGCCUCCAGCUGCCAAUGCCAGGAGCAGCCCCCUGACCAUGGCCAUCUUCAGACAUUGCCACCUGUGCCCUGGGUGACAGAACGGUCCCCACUGGAGAAGCGAGGGUCUGCAGGGAUCUGGGGCCAUAGGCAGACCAGGGUCUCUCAGGUCAGCCAGCUUUGGCUACUAGAGUUAAACAGCUGGGUCUGGAAUUCUAAAUGAAGUGCCAGCAAUGGUGAACAUUCUUUUAUUAUAUUAUUGAGUUUUAAAAAUAAGUCUUAGGUGAAUAUGGAUUUUUUUUUUUUUGCCUGUAUCCCUUCUUAUUUUGCUCCAACUCUUUGUCUUCCCUCAUAAAGUAGACUUUUGCUAUUUUCAAAACAUUCCCCCAGAGUUGGGUAUCUCAAAAUAAAAUAAUAGUUAAAAUGGCUGUGCAGUGGUGGUGAA